CCGAAGAAGAAGAAGCAGAUGUAAACAGGAAGUGCCACUUUUUACGUCCCCCAGUCGACGGAAUCAUUUAUCUGUAAAAUAUCUACUUUAUCUUUAAUUACCGGCCACAGAAGAAGUUUCAACGUUUCAGUUUUCAUCAUAACUUCCGCUGUUUGGUGUUUUUGUGGUUUAUUGGCAGUAAUGUCGCGUUCAGGGACCUCAGGAGGAGAAAUGACCAACGCUCAUUUAAUCCAACAGAUGGCGCUGCUGCGCUGGCUGUCCUCUCAGUCUGACGAGGACCGGACGAUUCUGACGGCAGUGACGGGCAUCCAGGUCGGCAGAGAGCUCCUGAACCGGAUCACCGGCCAGGACGAAGUGGAUGCCUACAAGAGAGAGUGUAUCCUGAGUAUCUCACAGUUCCUCCGUGAGAACCCGCGAGCCUCGCAGGCCGUCAUCAACGCCGAAGUGGAGAAGAGAGUUCUGGUCUUCGCUGCUCGAGUCAGAGCUCUGGAGACGGCUCCGAUACUCUGAGUGAACCAGCGGCAACAGCUCGGUGUUUGUGUCACUAACCGCUAUGAUUAAAUACUGCAUCAACCAAACUAUUAAUUGGUCUGAAUAUAAUCUCAUAGAUCAUUUUAAAUGUAUUCUUCUUUUAUAAAUACCUUUUUAUUUGUUGUUGCAUGUUUAUUUGUACGUAUUCAUAAUUUCUACAUCUGGAAACUGAGGUGUGGUUCUCAUGGGGAACUCUCCCUGAAGUGGGAUGAAGCAUUUUGGCUCUUGUGUGGAUAUUGUCUGAUUCUUGUAUGUCUGUAGUAGGAGCUGAUCAGCAGUCUGCCUUAUUGUCAAUGUGUUCAUUCUUCACCUUAUCUUAUAUCUUUAUACUUUAUUGUACGUUCACAUGUUUGGACGUAUUUCAGUGUGUGUCUGAACCUACAGGGUGAAAGUUGACCCUGUGAGGUUUGACAUGUUGAAUAAAUCAGUUCACCUGUUUCACCAAACUCACGUCGUCUGUUCUGUUGCAGCUGAUCCCUCAACAACCUCCUAAUCACUGCUGAUAGUCAGUAAGGAGGCUCAGUCUGGACCUUAUAGAGUGGUAAUACUACAAGAAUACUCUCUUAAUGACACUUAAUAAAAGCCUAUUCUUAUGUAACAAAACUACAACAGAUAACUCUAAAUCCUCUGCAUUAAUAACACAAACUCAAUCAGUGAGCUCUUAACUUUGCUCAGUGUAGCCUGAACGAUUAAACUUGUUUUUAACUUGAAUUUAAAUCUUUUAUAAUGUUUUUAAUGAUCGUAGUUUAAUGUCUUGAUCAGUGAAUAUGUAACUUGCUAUGAAUCAGCAGAGUCCUGUUGAAGAGACUGUUAUCAUGAGGUUGAACUCUGACCUCUGGUGGUGUGUAUGACUUCAUAAUAAAAGCGUGUUCCAGUGAAA